AUGAGUGUGGUUGAAGCUGGUAAUUGUUGGGAUGCAAUUUCCAAUUGUGUCCUGGGAGAUGAAGAGUUUGAUAACAUACUCAAUAUUUUGGAUUUUCCUUUGGAGAGUUUGGAAGAGGAUGGGUUUGUGGCUGAUUGGGAUAUCGGCAAGUCUGAAUGUCUCGGGCCCCUACGGCCCGACGAGGUAAGCGGGCCCCCGGCAGUUGCCGACACCAACGUCAAUUCUGGGCCUCCUCCCCAUUUGCCGACUGGACUUAAUGUUGCUAUAGGAGCUGAAGAGCAAAAGCCGGGGCCACACCUCAUCUCAAGUCCGGGGUCACAUAAUGACCUCCAACUAAACAAAUCAGCUGAGGCCCGAGAAUCCAGCAUCUCCCACACCCAAAGCCCGGUUUCGGUUCUCGAGAGCAGUGGGUCCUGCUCGGCUCCCGGCAAGAACCCGCUCGUUGUGUCCUCUAACCCAAUCCCCAUUCGGCCCCGAUCCAGUAGGCACAAACGGGCCAGUACAAACCCCUGGCCCACGCCGUUGUCUCUUUUCACCUCCAUCCUACAAAAAGAAAACCUCAAGGAAAAGAAAUCACCGGACGAGGCUGAGGAUGAGACUGAGAAAUUGGUUCAUCCGCGGGCCCCGGUGAAGAAGUGCAUGCACUGUCAGGUGACCAAGACACCACAGUGGAGGGAAGGCCCGUUGGGGCGCAAAACACUGUGCAAUGCGUGUGGUGUCCGGUACCGUUCGGGCAGGCUGUUCCCGGAGUACCGGCCAGCGGCGAGUCCGACGUUUGAGGCUGAGGAUGAGACUGCAAAAUUGGUUCCUCCGCGGGCCCCGGUGAAGAAGUGCAUGCACUGCCAGGUGACCAAGACACCACAGUGGAGGGAAGGCCCGUUGGGGCGCAAAACACUGUGCAAUGCGUGUGGUGUCCGGUACCGUUCAGGCAGGCUGUUCCCAGAGUACCGGCCAGCGGCGAGUCCGACAUUUGUGCCGUCCCUGCACUCGAAUUCACACAAGACGGUGAUAAUGAUGAGGAACGAAGGGAAGAAGCUCAAGGUGAAAAUGGAGGAGCCUCACAUGUUGUAG